AUGUUAAGAUUAACGUUUGUGUGCCUUUGUUUGAUCGUUCUUCAAGAUGGAACAGAAAGUUUUGGCAGUCCUUGGAAGUUGGCCCCCUUUGGGAGGCGUUUUGGUUUGCCAAGUGUUGAAGUGGAUUAUAUUCAGAGGCAAGGUCGUCAGCAUUUCCUCCUGAAUUUGCUCAUUCAAGUCCACAAACCUUUGCUUCAUGAGGAACUCAUAGCAAUGGGGAGCCAAUUUAAUGACGAUCCUGGAAGCUAUAAGAAGGGCACGUGGAGAUAUAUGAAAGACUUUCAAGAGCGAGUGCAUCAGAAUCGAAUUCCAGGUCCCUUUGCCAUUUUUAAUCAGCUCGAUGAGGAAAUGCCCCAGAAUUUGUUGGGAAUCUAUCGUUUCUUGACCAAGGCUUUGGAUUGGUCAUCCUUCCAGCGAAAUGCCUGCUAUGCCAGGAUACACUUCCAUCCUCUGCUCUUUGUAAACGCCCUGCAGAUGGCAGUGGAGGAAAGGCAGGACACCAAGGACCUUGGGAUGCCAGUCAUGUUUGAGGUGCUGCCACAGCUCUAUUUAGAAAAGGAGGUGAUCCUGGCGGCCCAGGAAGUAACCUGGAACCAAUUGACACCCAUUAGGCUGGUGACACCGAAGCGAAGAUGGAUGGAUAUCCUUUUGGGGUAUCGAAAUCCCAAGCAAUCUUGGACGGAAGAACCUAUUCCAACCGUUCCCCUGAUCAUUGAUAAUGAACGCAAAGUGGCUUAUCUGAGUCUGGACUUGGAACUCAACUCUCACUGGAACAGUCUGAUAAAUCGACUGAUUUUAUCCAUUGAGGAAGGGAAGGAAAAGACCAAUGAGCCCAUUAUUGUAGAUGGUGAUCGCCUGGUAGCAUUUCGGGGAUCCUUCGAUGAAGUCAACUACAUAAAUCAGAUGGCAUUGGGAUCCCAUUUUCAUAACUCGAAAUUAUAUGUGUACAAUCUGCAUCAGUUUGUGGCUGCUUUGACCAUGGAAGAUUUGGCCACAGGCCAAAGAUCUAUGGAUCUUAUCGAUCCGCCGCUGAUGACAACCGGUGGUGUUCCAUACAAAGGCACAACCUUGAAUAUCGAAGCUGUCAAAGGCAUCCUUGACCUGACAAUAGACAACUUAAAGGAGCAAAUUGAAAUGGCUGUUAAACUAAAUAACCAUUCUAUGGAUGAUUUAUCUAUAGCGGGUGGAAUAAUUGGUAAUAACUACCUUCAUAUGUGUCGCCAAUUAAGCCUGGCUGUCAAUGGACGCGGGAUAAAUCAACCUACUAUGUUGGGCUCGGCUACGUCCAAUCUUAGAGAUCCCAUCUACCGCUCGCUCCUAUUUCGGAUAAAUGAAUUGUUGCAGAGUUAUGAAAAUGCAGAUAUACUUGCAAAUAUAGGAGGCAGAAAGCCCCCAAAAAUAGUUGAUAUUCAAGUUAGUCGCCUGGUGACCUUUGAGGAAUACAUGACCACGGAUCUCAUCAACCUAAUUGACCAGCAACUGCUGCUAUCACAGCGCAAUAAUCUACGAUUCCUGCGCCGUCAUCUCGUGGCUAGACAACGUUGUCUUAAUCAUGAAACCUUUAGUAUUGGCCUGGAUAUAGUUGCUCCAGAGGACCAGGUCGUUGAGGCGAGGAUGUAUUUUACUCUACCGAAUCAGUUGAGACCGCGUUUACACCUGGACAGCUUUAAGUGUUCCCUAAAACGCGGCUUAAAUCAACUCGAACGUGCAUUCCCAACAGCCAAUCCCAAACACACUCUAAGUGAACUCUAUGAGGCCGCUUACCCAUCAACAGAUGUGACCAGUUCCAACCGAUUCCCGCCACAUCUUCUACUGCCGAGGGGGACUGGAGAAGGCCUCAAAUUGCAAUUACUCGUGGAACUCACCGAAUGGAAUGGCUUGGAGUCGCAGUUCGAUGGGGUGUCUGUCCCGGUGCUGGCCAAAACCCUGAAGGAUGUGAUAAUCUUUCAUAGCCAGGCCUGA